AUGAUGAUGGUUAUGCAGCCCGAGGGCCUGGGGGCCGGGCAGGGCCCCUUCGCUGGCGGUGGGGGCGGCGAGUACAUGGAGCAGGAGGAGGACUGGGACCGGGACCUGCUGCUGGACCCGGCCUGGGAGAAGCAGCAGCGCAAAACCUUCACGGCCUGGUGCAACUCGCACCUACGCAAGGCGGGCACCCAGAUCGAGAACAUCGAGGAGGAUUUCCGUAACGGACUCAAGCUCAUGCUGCUCCUAGAGGUCAUCUCAGGAGAGCGGCUGCCCAGGCCAGACAAGGGCAAGAUGCGCUUCCACAAGAUCGCCAACGUCAACAAGGCCCUGGACUUCAUCGCCAGCAAGGAUGUUAAGCUGGUAUCCAUCGGUGCUGAAGAGAUCGUGGACGGGAACCUGAAGAUGACCCUGGGUAUGAUCUGGACCAUCAUCCUUCGCUUCGCCAUCCAGGACAUCUCCGUGGAGGAGACCUCGGCCAAGGAAGGGCUGCUCUUGUGGUGCCAGCGGAAGACGGCUCCGUACCGCAAUGUCAACGUACAGAACUUCCACACCAGCUGGAAGGAUGGCUUGGCCCUCUGUGCGCUCAUCCACCGCCACCGCCCUGACCUCAUCGACUAUGCCAAACUGCGCAAGGAUGACCCCAUCGGCAACCUGAACACUGCCUUCGAAGUGGCAGAGAAAUACCUGGACAUCCCCAAGAUGCUGGAUGCGGAAGACAUCGUCAACACCCCAAAGCCGGACGAGAAGGCUGUCAUGACCUACGUUUCCUGCUUCUACCAUGCCUUCGCUGGGGCUGAGCAGGCUGAGACAGCGGCCAACAGGAUCUGCAAGGUCCUGGCCGUGAACCAGGAAAACGAGAAGCUGAUGGAGGAAUACGAGAAGCUGGCCAGCGAGCUGCUGGAGUGGAUCCGCCGCACGGUGCCCUGGCUGGAGAACCGCACGGGGGAGCCCAGCAUGAGUGCCAUGCAGCGCAAGCUAGAGGAUUUCCGGGACUACCGGCGCCUGCACAAGCCGCCCCGUGUGCAGGAGAAGUGUCAGCUGGAGAUCAACUUCAACACGCUGCAGACCAAGCUGCGGCUGAGCCACCGGCCUGCCUUCAUGCCCUCCGAGGGCAAGCUGGUGUCGGACAUCGCUAACGCCUGGAGAGGACUGGAGCAGGCGGAGAAGGGCUACGAGGACUGGCUGCUCUCAGAGAUCCGGCGGCUGCAGCGGCUGCAGCACCUGGCCGAGAAGUUCCGGCAGAAGGCCUCCCUCCAUGAAGCCUGGACCCGAGGGAAGGAAGAGAUGCUAAACCAGCGCGACUACGAGUCGGCCUCGCUGCAGGAGGUGCGGGCGCUGCUGCGGCGCCACGAAGCCUUUGAGAGCGACCUGGCUGCGCACCAGGACCGCGUGGAGCACAUCGCUGCGCUGGCCCAGGAGCUCAAUGAGCUGGACUACCAUGAGGCGGCCUCAGUGAACAGCCGCUGCCAGGCCAUCUGCGACCAGUGGGACAGCUUGGGCACGCUGACCCAGAAGAGACGGGACGCGCUAGAGCGGAUGGAGAAGUUGCUGGAGACCAUUGACCAGCUGCAGCUGGAGUUUGCACGGCGGGCGGCGCCCUUUAACAACUGGCUGGACAGCGCGGUGGAGGACCUGCAGGACGUGUGGCUGGUGCACUCGGUGGAGGAGACCCAGAGCUUGGUGACGGCCCACGAGCAGUUCAAGGCAACCUUACCCGAGGCUGACCGCGAGCGUGGUGCCAUCCUGGGCAUCCAAGGCGAGAUCCAGAAGAUCUGCCAGACAUACGGCCUGCGGCUCAGCCCCACCAACCCCUACAUCAGUCUCACCCCACAGGACAUCAACAGCAAGUGGGACACGGUCCGCAAGCUGGUGCCCAGUCGUGACCAGACGCUGCAGGAGGAGCUGGCCCGCCAGCAGAUGAACGACAGGGUUCGGCGACAGUUUGCAGCCCAGGCCAACGCCAUCGGGCCGUGGAUUCAGGGCAAGGUGGAGGAGGUGGGGCGCCUGGCCACAGGGAUGAUGGGUUCCCUGGAGGAACAGAUGGCCGGGCUGCGGCAACAGGAGCAAAACAUUAUCAACUACAAGAGCAACAUUGACCGGCUGGAGGGCGACCACCAGCUGCUGCAGGAGAGCCUGGUGUUUGACAACAAGCACACCGUCUACAGCAUGGAGCACAUCCGUGUGGGCUGGGAGCAGCUGCUCACCUCCAUCGCCCGCACCAUCAACGAGGUGGAGAACCAGGUUCUGACCCGGGACGCCAAGGGCCUGAGCCAGGAGCAGCUCAAUGAGUUCCGGGCGUCCUUCAACCACUUCGACCGGAAGCGCAAUGGGAUGAUGGAGCCCGAUGACUUCCGUGCCUGCCUCAUCUCUAUGGGCUACGACCUGGGGGAAGUGGAGUUUGCCCGCAUCAUGACCAUGGUGGACUCCAACGCCACCGGCGUCGUGACCUUCCAGGCCUUCAUUGACUUCAUGACCCGAGAGACAGCUGAGACAGACACGGCUGAGCAGGUGGUGGCCUCCUUCAAGAUCCUGGCUGGAGACAAGAGCUACAUCACCUCGGAGGAGCUACGGCGGGAGCUCCCGGCCGAGCAGGCCGAGUACUGCAUCCGCCGCAUGACUCCCUACAAGGGCUCCGGGGCCCCAGCCGGAGCCCUGGACUACGUGGCCUUCUCCAGCGCCCUCUACGGGGAGAGCGACCUCUGACCUGCACCUGGGGCUUCUCGAUGCGAGGCCGGG